AAAGCUAACACCUGCACUACACACACCUUGUCUGAACACAAGAAUACAAUUAAGUAAGUAUUGCAACAUGUUCAAAGGAAAAGAAAGGAUGGCUUUUGAGUGAGUACUGUAAACAUUUUCAAGCUCAUUCACGCCACCAGAAAGGUAUACGAGUGAACUUCAAGCAGUUGUAUGAAGAAAGAACCAAAUGCAAUUGAGGGAAGUGCUGCUCGUUUUCCCAGUUUCAGUUCACAUUUGACCAUGGAUUUUCCCUCAUCAAGUGGCCUGUUAUUAAACACUCACACGCGGUUCUGCGAUGCAACAUUCGCGGAGUCGUUUUUAGUGUCAAGGAAAAACUGCGCUUGAUGUCUCCCAAGACGACCGAAAUGACAAAACAAGAUCGCCGUGACCUUUAUUUUGAAAGGCCUAAUCCGGAAGCGUCUUGCAAGCGUUCCUCGAACUUGCUUAAGUUCUCUGCCACUUGAGUGUUGAGCUUUGUUGCGCUUGAUGCCAGCCAGCGGCGAGCAGUGCCAAGUCUCCGCCCUGAAGCCUGCACCAUGCACGGGGGCAAGAGAGGACUGGUGGCCCCGCAAAACACCUUUUUGGAGAAUAUUGUCAGACGCUCCAGUGAAACCAGCUUCUUGCUGGGAAACGCGCAGAUCGUGGAGUGGCCGGUGGUGUACAGCAACGACGGAUUCUGCAAGCUGUCCGGCUACCACAGAGCCGAGGUCAUGCACAGGAGCAGCUCGUGCAACUUCAUGUACGGCGACUUGACGGACAAGACGACCAUCGACAACAUCCGACGCACCUUUGACAGCUACGAGUCCAACUUCUACGAGGUGCUGCUCUACACCAAAAACAGAACGCCCAUCUGGCUUUACAUGCAGGUGGCGCCCAUCCGCAAUGAGAACGACAAGGUGGUGCUUUUCCUCUGCACCUUCCGGGACAUUACGCUCUUCAAGCAGCCCAUCGAGGAUGAAGCCACGCGAGGAUGGACAAAGUUCGCCAGGCUGACGCGAGCGCUAACCAACAAUCGCAACCUGGUCCAGCAGAUGGCGCCGCUGAGCAACACGGAGGUCGCCCACAAGCCGUCCAGACUGGCAGAGGCCCUCCAGCUGGGCUCGGACAUCCUCCCCCAGUACAAGCAGGAAGCCCCCAAAACGCCGCCGCACAUCAUCCUGCACUACUGCACCUUCAAGACCACGUGGGACUGGGUCAUCCUCAUCCUCACCUUCUACACGGCCAUCAUGGUGCCCUACAACGUGUCCUUCCGCACCCGGCAGAACAACCUGCUGUGGCUGGUGCUGGACAGCGUGGUGGACGUCAUCUUCCUGGUGGACAUUGUGCUCAACUUCCACACCACCUUCGUGGGCCCCGCCGGCGAGGUGAUAUCGGACGCCAGGCUCAUCCGCAUGAACUACGUCAAGACCUGGUUCGUCAUCGACCUGCUGUCGUGCCUGCCCUACGACAUCAUCAACGCCUUUGAGCAUUUCGAAGAGGACUUUGUCAUGCCUUCGGGUCAUCCGCGCGACUCGGCAAACUUCCACCGCAACGUCACCAGGACGGAGGACUCGGUGCUGCCGGGUCUGAGCAGCCUGUUCAGCUCGCUGAAGGUGAUCCGCCUGCUGCGUUUGGGGCGGGUGGCGCGCAAGCUGGACCACUACCUGGAGUACGGCGCGGCCGUGCUGGUCUUGCUGGUGUGCGUCUUCGGCCUGGUGGCCCACUGGCUGGCCUGCAUCUGGUACAGCAUCGGCGACUACGAGGUCAUCGACGAGAGCACCAACAGCAUCAAGACGGACAGCUGGCUCUACCAGCUGGCUUUGAGCAUCGGGACGCCGUACCGCUACAACGCCAGCGGCACGGGCCAGUGGGAGGGCGGCCCCAACAAGGACACGCUCUACAUUUCCUCGCUCUACUUCACCAUGACCAGCCUCACCACCAUCGGCUUUGGCAACAUCGCGCCCACCACCGACGGCGAGAAGAUCUUCUCCGUGGCCAUGAUGAUGGUGGGAUCGCUGCUGUACGCCACCAUCUUCGGAAACGUGACCACCAUCUUUCAGCAGAUGUACACCAACACCAACCGCUACCACGAGAUGCUGAACAACGUGCGCGACUUCCUCAAACUCUACCAGGUCCCCAAAGGCCUCAGCGAGCGCGUGAUGGAUUUCAUCGUCUCCACCUGGGCCAUGUCCAAGGGCAUCGACACGGAUAAGGUGUUGUCCAUCUGCCCCAAAGACAUGCGAGCGGACAUCUGCGUGCACCUCAACCGUCAGGUGUUCAACGACCACCCGGCCUUCCGGCUGGCCAGCGACGGCUGCCUGCGCUCGUUGGCCGUGGAGUUCCAGACCACGCACUGCGCACCCGGCGACCUCAUCUUCCACGUCGGCGAGAGCGUGGACACGCUCUGCUUCGUGGUCUCCGGCUCCCUCGAAGUCAUCCAGGACGAGGAAGUCAUCGCCAUACUGGGUAAAGGCGACGUGUUCGGCGACGUCUUCUGGAAAGAGAGCAGCAUGGCGCGAGCGUGUGCCAACGUGCGCGCGCUGACCUACUGCGACCUGCACGUGAUCCGACGGGACGCGCUGAUGCGGGUGCUGGACUUCUACACGGCCUUCGCCCACUCCUUCUCGCGCAACCUCAUCCUCACCUGCAACCUGCGCAAACGGGUGAUCUUUCGGAAGAUCGCCGAUGUGAAGCGGGAGCAGGAGCGCCAGAGGAAUGAGGUGGCGCUCUCCAUUCCCGACGACCACCCGGUCCGGAAGCUCUUCCAGAGGUUCCGGCAGCAGAGGGACGGUCAGCCGGCGGAAGAAGCGUCGCCGUACCCCGAUGGCAAGUGCGUGCCGGAGGAGCCGCCAAGUGCCAACGCAGCUCAAGGCCAAGCCGACAAGUCGGAGCAAAACUGCGCCGCCGAUGCCGCGAGCUCUCCACCUUGCGCGGAGAAGCCGCAGAGCCAGGGGGCCAACAGAGAGGGGACGGGGGGCCGCAGAGGAGGCGCUCGUGGGUGGGCAAAGUUUAAAAACGCCACCUCAACUGCGCCUGCUCCAGAGCAGGAGAAGCCCACAGAGAAGAAGGCGGAGGCUCGGACUGAAGGAUCUCAGUCGUCGGAGGAAAUAGCAGCCAAAGAGAACCGGAGCCAAAAGGACAAACGGGACGGAGAGGAGGCGGGCGGCGCUGCUUCCGCUGCCGCCGCCGCCGGCACAGAGGAAGCCAGCGCCCUCCGCAAAACCGACUCGUGCGACAGCGGCCUCACCAAGAGCGACCUGCGCAUCGACCGAGUCGGAGACUCCAGGAGCUCCUUCGAGCGCAGCCCCAUGGAACGCAGCCCCAUGGAGCGGAACCCUUUCGGGCCCGGCGGCGGCGGCGGCUGCGAGCGGGAUCUCCUGCAGGCCGCGCUGUACGAGGCCAAGGUGGAGCUGAAGGGCGACAUCCGGGCGCUGGGCGGCCGGCUGGUGGCGCUGGAGGCGCAGGUGGCCGAGGUCCUCCGACUGCUCUGCGUCAGAAGGAGACUCUCGCUGCCGCCCACGUCCUCGCCCAGGCCCAGGCUCAAAAGCCAAGACUCUGGCGCCACCUCCGUGACUCAAGCCAGGAAAGACAACGGGCCCUUUUGAGAAACUGGUGACUGCCAGGAAGCAUAAGCGAGCAGGGAAAUGUUUGAAAACACUGCAUGAAAAACACCCACACGUGACUGGAGGUUUGCUUUACGGUUGUCCCCCCACUAGAUGGCACCGCCCAGCCAGCCGCCCAGUACAAAAGUCAUGUGUGCCAAAGAACUUGGACGUUGAAGUGAGGGGAGAACCCUCAGCAGAACGUUUUGUCGCCCUCCUUUGGCAACUGUAGGCAUUACAUUUCCAACUGGUAGGGUUACCAGGUCACUGACGGGGAGGGGAACCCGAGCCGUUGGCUUUUGUUGGCAUGCUAGCGUGACGGGAAUGUCGUGUCCAACUGCUGACAUCUCUCCCUCCCGCUUAUUUAUUCAUGAAUUAAACGUACACGAAAAUCAACAUGAACUCCCCUCGGAGUCACUAUUGGUGCCUUACACUUGACUAAAAGCUCAGUGAUGCUUUGUUGAUUCGUAUGUUACCAUGUGUCCAGUCCAAGAAAAGAGACUUUUCUGGUCAAAUUCUUUUAGUCUGCUACUUUUUGAUGCUAAAGUAAGUCUGAAUGUUAGUCUAUAAUUUCUCUGCUAUUUUUAAACUGACCUCUGCCUGACACAAUGAAAAUGAUGAUGCAAUAACUGCCGGAUGCGUUUCCCUUGCAUAGCUCCGUUGCAAAGCACAGAUGUGGCUGCAAGAAAGUGACGGCCAUUUUAUUUAGAAUUGUGACUCCUGGUUAAAUGCAAUGACAAAUCAAUGUAGCAAUGCAGUCUAAUGCUCAGGUAGUUUUGAAGUGUGGAUUUAAUCAAUUCCGACAUAUUUAUCUCGUACGAGUACGGAGGGUGAAAUACUGAAAUAAUACUA